AUGUUUGCUUGUUUAUGUGAUGCACUCAAAAAGACACCUUCGCUUGACGGAAGAAAAUUAUCUCAAAAGCUUUGGCCACCAGCAGGAUCAUUUGGCAACUUUAUUUCUUGGACUCUGGAUCCACCACUGCCAAGUCGAUACGCUGGGUCAAUCGAGAUGCCAUCAACAGAGAUACAAAUGGCUCUCAUCGAUUGCUUCUUUAGAACUCGAAAUCAGGUACAACAGUGCAUCAUUCCGUCUUAUUUUUAUGAGCAACUCAAGGUCAAAGGAUUAUUUAUUACACCGCUCCUUCUGAAUGCCAUUUACGCGUCAUCUGCUCGAUUUGUCAGCAUGCCAGAUUGCCCUAAGCCAGAUAUAUUUUAUCAUAGAGCCAAGCGUUUAAUAGAGGACUUUAUGGACGUGCCACGGUUGAGCACAGUGGUGGCAGUGUAUUUACUGAGCCUAUACGAGCCUUCUGCUGAUGUGUAUCGACCAGGGUCUUAUCAUUGUCGACAAUGGUCUCUCUCAGGCAUGGCAUGUAGAAUGGCCAUUGAACUCGGACUGCAUGACGAAAGUGACGUAGACCCUAACUUAUCCCUGGUGGAAAAAGAACUGCGUCGACGAGUCCUCUGGGCAUGUUAUGACUUGGAUAAGCUCCAGAGUUUAGGUUGGGAACGGCCAUGGACGAUCAGACGUACCUAUAUUAGAACAAGAUUCCCAUCGCCGUUACCGGAAGAGACCUCAGAAGACCAGUAUCGCCUAAAGGUAUUUUUGCACAGAAUUAAAUUUGCCCUUCUCGUCGAAGAGGAGUUAGAACUAAGAAACAUGAAUCGAUCCACUUUGAGCAGUUUAUCUGAAGAGAACGCCUCACAAGAUGAGAUUUGCUCCAUCUUUACAACCCUUUUCAACAAAUACAUUGACUUUUUUUACAGCUUGCCAACUGAUAUGCAGUGGACUCCGACAACCCCAGUACCUGUGGAGGAUGUGUUACAGCUACCAAAACCAGAUCCGGUUGUUGCUCAUGUUCAUUUACAGUUUAAUAUCAUCCUGAUAGAGUUACUCACAAAGAUACCGGCCACAGAAGCUAACAACUUCCAGCUACGUAUAGCAGCCGCAUCUAUCACACAGCUGGCGUAUUAUCUAUGUCAGGAGCCCGCCUAUAUCAUAAAAUUCGAUUUUAUUGCACAUGCACUGAUCCACGCUAUUAAAGUUCAUAUGCUCCAGUUGGAUGGAUCUGACAUUUCUGUAGUACAGCUGGCCUGGUGUUUAUUUUAUAGAUGUAUUUACUGCUUGCAAAAGUUGAAUACAUAUGUGGUGAUUCCAAACUGCCACAAGUUUUUGCAACAAGUCAUUCAAAUCUACGGCAUAGACCUAUCUGAUCCUUACCUUGAUCUUAAAUAUCAAGUGCCUAAACCGAUAUCAACAACAAGUCACUAUGGCAAUCAGCAAGGACCAUUUUCAAGUUAUGCAAUAGACGAUCGAACGCGCUUGUUUCAAUAUCAUCAUCCGUCAAGUAUAAUACAAAGUAGCAUAUGGCCAUCAACAAAGCCUUCAAUACCAAUAGUCACUGAAGAGGUAACUGUACCAAGUCAACUCAAUAGUAGUCGAAGUGGUAUAUACAGUUCAAGAUGGCAAGAGGGUAAUAAUGAUGGACAACAAGAUAGCAGUAAGCCCAAUGUUUAUAUGCCUCAACAAGAACAGGAACAACCACCACAAACGACCUAUAGCAGCAUAAUGGAUGGCUAUCAUUAA